UUCAGUUUGCUGCUCGCCAUCAUCAACCUCGACGUUUGCCAAUAUUCCGACGUCUUAAGUCGUACGGUCAUUCCUUUCAUUAUAAGCUCACAGUCCACCCGACAAAUUACGCUCUUUCAUCGAAACCACCAGUUUUCAGCGUCAUUAUGGACCCAAAUUUCGACGUCUCUGCUAAAGUUCAAGAAUCCAAUUUGGCAGCUAAACAGAGGUUCGAAUCAUUCAAGAUGGGCGGCGGUGCUCCAGCCAAUAGUUUAAACAAUUACCUCCCAAAGCAUUCACACGGACGAUCUCGCUCUCGCAACAGUUCAAUUACUUCUCUUUCAGCUCUAUCUAUUUCUGCCUCGGCACCUUCAUUUCCCUCUUCAAUUGAAUUCAAUAGCAAUGCACCUUCAAACGCACCCCCUUCAAAGCGUCCACAUUCACAUCACAGUCGUCGUUCUUCUGUUUCCACCCGCCGCGAGUCGGCGGAACUUAUGGGCGCAUCCCUUCCUGACCUUCCCGCAGCUCACCCAGAUGACAAUAUAAAUCUUGGCGACAGGGACUCUAUUCGUCGCAGGGCCCUCUGGGCUCUUGAGGGAAAGCCUGACCUCGCUUUCGCAAAGGUCGAAAUUCCUGAUAUCACGUCCCCUGAUAUGACAAAGUCUUUUGAGUUCCCAACAAAGCCGUCUUUCCCUCCUGGUACUGGUAUCAGUGGGCAUGGCAUUAGUAACCUCCUGAGCAAGCGUGAUUCAUUCGGAAAAAUGUUCCCUUCCACUUCUACCUCCAAAGAUCAACUUCAGACUUUAGUUGAGGAGGAGGAAGAGGAAGAUGAUGAAUCCCAACAAAGUCCUGCUCAAGUUACCGAAAUUGCCGAGGAACUCACAGAAGCUCCCACUAUUGCACUCGCUAAUCCAGUCUCCACAGCAGUGACAAAGUCUGCUUCACGACACCGUCCUGCCAGCCUCAAUCUUAGGCCUCUUUCUCUUGUUUCUGGAUCUGUUGUCACUUGCACUCCCGGAAAUCUCCCCACGCCCACUCUUACGCCCAAUCCUCGGCCCAACGGUCUGAGAUCUCUCGCCUUGACGUCCGCCUCCGACACAUUCUCGGCUACGAACGCCAAUGUCACGAAAAACAGCCAUCCCGUCACUGUCAUGCCUUCUUCCAACGGUUCCUUCAGUCUCGCUUCACGAAGCUCUUCAUCUAUUUCAUCCGAAAGCUCCGACUUCAGUAGAAAACGCAGCAGCAUUUCCUACAAGCGCUCUGUUGACUCCAUCCCUCGCGGCAUGGGCUUUUUGCCCUCACCUGAUGCGACUCCUACCGACCGUCGUUUUUCGGAAUUUAACGAUGUCGAAAGCGUCCCAGAACAGCCCCUAACCGCAGCCGAGCAACAUUUUUUAUUUAGAUCGCACAACGUGCUCUUGGCUCGCAUCAUGGAUCUCGAGCGUACGCUACGGUCCCGAUCAAUGUCCCGAUCGCGUCCCCUUUCCAUGGCUUCGGACGUUUCUGCGGCGUCUUCCGAGCCAAGCGACGAGAUGCUGCAGCUAAUUUCGGAUUUGAAGGCUGAGCGUGACGAACUGAAGAGAGAUGUGGAUGGGUGGCGCAUGCGUAUUGCUGACGCAGACAAACAAGCCACCGUCCUGACAAGGCGGGUUGAGGCUGAGAGAAGAGAAGCCUGGGUUGCUCGCUCGCGACUUGGCCUGUUGGAAGUCGAGAAGUGUGGCUUGGAAAAGGCCCUUGGUAGCAAGAGCGCUGAGCUUGAGCAAUCAGUAAGCCAGAGCAAGCAGUUGACGAAGGAACGCGAUAGCAUGAGGGAGGAGUUGCACAGGUUGCGUGCUCGUCUUCGAGAUGCUGACAGUGCAGUUGAUGAGUGCAUCCGUCUCCGUGCCGCACUCGAACAAGAGCGUACCAGACGCGCGGACCUGGAGAAACUUCUCGACGAUGCUGGACUACUUAAUACGCCCACCAUUCCGCUUUCCGUUGACGGCCAGGUAAAGAAUUCAUUGCCUAGUCGGUCUUAUGGCACCCGUCCUCGUGGAUUUGGCUUUCAGUCCAUCGACUCUGACGCCUCUUCAACCGAUGUAGAGUCUGUCGACAACAGCUUUACCAAGGCUGAACUGACUCUUGAUGCUGUCACAGAGGAGGACGAGGACACCUGUGACUUUUCUGAUGAGGACGAGCUUGCUAGUUAUGAAGACGCAGAAGACUCCGAUAUCAGCUUCCAGAGCCCAGACGGUUCAUCCAUCGGUUCCGAGGACGACCUCGACAUCAACCCAGUCACAGUCCUGAACGAAGCUACAAACCGACUCAACUCGUUGUCCAAACCUGUUGCGCCGACGUCUUCGCAUGCUCCACGCGCUUCACUUUCCAAGACGUGGACAUUCCCUAGGGGUCAGCCUGUCACUAUAGUCAAGCAUGAUGUUGACGAGAUUGACCGGUUCUUCGGAUGCCUCGAUGACAUUGAAAACUCUCCCCCGCUUGAUUCUGAGGAGAUGGGCAAAGCAAUGUUCACGUCGACGUUUGGUCCUGCGUACGAUGACGAGGACGAGCUGCCACCUUUUGUUAUCCCUUCAGACGUUGGCACUGUCGUCUUCGAACUUCCGACAUCGAGGAGCCUUGACGUUGUGCCGGAAGAAGACGAAGAAGAUGAAGGCGAAGCUGAUGACGAGAAUGAGAAUGAACUCCUUGGUGAGGAAGUCGAGGGCGGGAUCCGGUUUACAUUCAAUGCUCCGCCUACUAUCUGCAUCAGCCCUCCGCCAACCAUCUGCCUCAGCCCUCCACCUAUCAUCUGCAUCACACCUCCGACUGAAUCUGAGCCGGCACCUGCUCGCGUUGUCGCGAGAGAACGUGUUGCUGUCCUUGAGCCUUUUGACGACGAGGAAGAUGAUUGUAUUUCUCUCUUCACUUUCCCCCAGUCCAAAGUCCAGGAGCCGAUCACUCCGCCGUCCUCUUCACCGCUGACUUCGGAAAGUAGCAGCCGUCCAUCGAGCAGAACAACUAACUCGCCAUCGGCAAUUCCUCGUGCAACUUCCCUGCGGUCGUUUGCACCGCUCACACCACCCUCUUUAGCCACGCCGCCAAGAGUUGCGUCUGGUCGCUUCAUUGCGCCAGAAAACUAUCCAGCAACAUCAUUUAUUACCCCUCCCUCACGGCGCGGUGGGACUACCCCGUCCUUUAUUCCCCAACCUUUCUCGCCGUCGCCAUCCAAGACUUCCAACCCUACGAAAUCACGCGUUCCUGUUCCGGUGUUGCGUUCCAAGGGUGCCACAAAUGCCAACGAUGCGACUCCCAGAUUCUACGGUACCUCUGAGAAGAUAACGGAUCCCUCCGACACCUGUGAAUACUAUGAACAAGAACAAGCCCCAACUUCAUCUUUAUCGUCAAUUAUGUCUUCACCGCUUGCGGUACGAUUUUCAUUCCAAGCAUUAUCAAACUUUGUUCCCCUCUCGUGGACGCCGGGUGCGGCUGCAGUUGCGUCGCGCAGUACUCCCAGCACCCCAGUUAGCUCGAGUGAUGAUGCUGCAGAGGCAGCAUCGUUAUUCACUGGUGCUUGUCCUGGUGUACGACGCUCGGCUGAAAGGAGAUUUGUUUCGAGGGAGCAGCAGUUGGAGAAGUUGAGGAAUCGACUAGGCAAUAACCAUAAUGGCAUUGGCAUAGGACGCUGUCUUGCGGUUGAUCCCUGCGGUGCUUGCAAGGGUGCCGAUAUUUUCUUGUGAAGAAUCCUGCCAGUACGUUCCUGACUCACAUAUGAUAGCUGAGUCUGUAAGCCCAUUGCCUGUCCUAGUCGUAUGCCCUUUCCUUUUCUAUGUUCCCCCUCUAUCUCCAAAUGACGUGUCACAUACUCUCACCUCACCUCCCCUCACCUUUCUUUGUCGUGUUGUGACUGCCUGUGAGGGGAAAGUCAUGUUAUCAUGUUUCAAUACUGUUGUUUUUGUAUUAUAUUAUUAAGUGCCCUCUAAGAACACUCUGAGGACACUCUUUCGUUCAUGCUCAUAAUUUUAUUGUCAUGUCUAUGCAUUUCUUGGGUCCCUUCGAGUGCUGGAAUACCUGAACACAUGAUUUGUGAGACUUGUGCGAGACUGGAGUCGGUAGGUCCCGG